GUCAGGUUCAAGAUGUUAGUUAUAAAUUACAGAAUGGUUUUAUGAUGUAGUUUUUAUUCAAACAUGGAUGGAAAAGGUCCCAGGACAUUUAAGUUUAAGAAGACACUUAGCUUGAACAAACCAAGUAAAGCUCUUGGCGAGGUGAAGCUUCCUCCUUCGAUCGACAAUGAAGUACACAACAGAACUGAAGAAGAUGGUUGGUUGACAACACGUCCUUAUUCGUUCAAAGAUGACAGCCUAGAAACAUUUAAUCAAGAACCCACUACAUCAUCAAAGACACAACUUCAAGAUGAUUUCACUAAGAAGCAUUCAACAGAAAUUAAAGCAGUUCCUUUCAGUGGGAGGAAUAAAAAGCCUCAUCAGACCUCUAUCAUGGCAUUUGCCCAGAAGAAAAAGCCAGUGGCUGCAGUCGCUCCACAUAGAUCACCAGUAAAGACUGAGGAGGGCGGGGCCAAGAGAAAGCGAUCCCCCGGGAAGGCUGUCAUCAGUAUCCUAGAUGAUGGAGAUGACGACGAUGACUUUCUUGAUGAUUUUGACAUACCAACAACCCCAGUGCCAAGUAAAAGAAAUGCUAAUUUAUCCUCUAGCAGAGAGGAAUCACCAAGAAAGACAGUAAACUUUAACAAGACCACUGACUCAGAAAGACAGAUUAUGGAUGCAUCUGGGAUGACAGAUCUGUUUGGAAAUAGCGAUUCAGAUGAAGAAAUUCGUGUAGUAGCUAAGCGCCGUCGGACUCUGGAAGAUCAGUCUCCUACUCCUUGUUCCUCUGUUAUGGGAAAGUGUAUGCCAUUAAGAAAAGAAACUUCCUUUGAUCAACCUGAACCUCAGGUGAACAUCAUGCCUACACCGCAAGCUGAAUCAAGGUCAAGGCCAGAGGUAAACAUUUCUGUUAGAGCUGAAUUACAGACUGCCUCUAAACCAAAGUCUCAGGUACACAAUGACAGCGUCCAGACGGAACUGUUUAAGACGAUGGAGGAGGUCUGUGAUAUUGUGUGUAAGGCUAGCACAGCUGAUCUGAUGUCCAUGCUUCCUCAGAACUAUCAACGACUUCAGCAUCUACUGGCUCUAAGGAAGCAGCUCAAGGAUUCUUAUGCUUCAAAAGAGCAUAAUAGAAGCAUACCUAAGAGACUGUCAGCACCAGCAGCAGCUUUAACAAGCAGUGCAGCAAGCAGUAAGCUCCCCUUAUCAGGCAAACAUCAGACAUUUGACAGUGUGGAUUCAGAAUCACAUCAGAAUAGAGUGAAAUCCAGUGAUAUUUCUAGUCCUAUAGUGCCACCCAGAUCAGCACUGUUGUCCAAUACCUCAACCCCUGCCGCAGAAAGGACAUUCAAUUCUCCAAGUUCUGGAACAAGCAGGUCCUUCUCUUUCAAGAAAACCACUCCCACUGGUUUCAAUUCCCCAAUACCCUGUGGAGACAGCUUCUUUGAGGAGGAUGCCAAAUUAACACAAACACAUCAUAGUUUCAUCAGCUCAUUCAGCAGGAAAUCUCCCAGUUCCUCUUUCAAAGAGCCACCUGUGAUGAGUUUCAACCAAUCAGCUGCUUCCUCAUUUAUGAACCAAUCAGAUACAUCUUAUUUGAACCAAUCAAAAUCUACCUCUCAUUUAAACCAAUCAACUGACAUAGGUAACUCAUUUAGUACUUCACACAACCAAUCAUCAGUAACGGGCAACUCGUUAAGUACCAUUGAAGCACCAUCUACCACAGACUUCAGUUUUGAUUAUAAACUGAAUAACAACAGUGGUGUGAUACAAACUCAGCCAAUUAGGCAGGACAAGCUUUCUACUAGUGUUCCAGAUUCUGAAGAUGAGGCUGAUUUGAUUGAUCAGUUUCCUGAGGAACUGUUUGCCCCUGAUGACUUUGACUCAGAAUUCACAGAAGAAGUGCAGUCUUAUUCUUUGCCACAGAUUUCCCUGACUCCUAGAAGACAGAGCACCAAUCAAAGCUUUGUAUCCCCACCCAGUACUAAAAGGAGGGAGGAGGAGGAAAACAAAGAAUUCGAUGGCUAUAACUUCCAGCACAGCGUGGUUAUGAGGGAGACAUUUAACCAGGUGUUUGGUUUACGUGAAUUUCGUACUAAUCAACUGAAGGCUAUCAAUGCUGCACUGCUGGGAAAUGACUGUUUUAUCCUGAUGCCUACAGGAGGAGGUAAGAGUCUAUGUUACCAGCUGCCAGCUCUCGUCACAGGGGGCGUGUCCAUCAUAAUAUCCCCCCUAAAGGCUCUGAUACAGGACCAGGUUACUAGGCUCUGCUCCAUGGAUAUACAGGCAGGUCAGCUUUCAUCAGACAUGGACCAGAGUCAAUCUGAUCAGAUCUACAGAAAACUGUUCUACAAAACCCCCGAGAUCACACUACUGUAUGUCACACCAGAAAAGAUUUCAGCCAGUGGUAAGCUGUUGAGUAGUUUGGAUAAUUUACACAGAAGAGGAAAGUUGACUAGAUUUGUUAUUGAUGAAGCACACUGUGUCAGCCAGUGGGGACAUGACUUUCGACCGGACUACAAGAAGUUAGGGGUCCUGAAGCAGAAGUACCCGGGGGUUCCUAUGAUGGCACUGACCGCCACUGCCAACAUGAGAGUCCGUAAGGAUGUCAUCUAUCAGCUAGGAAUGAAGAAUCCAAAAUGCUUUGUUCAAAGCUUCAAUCGCCCAAAUUUGAAAUUCCGAGUUGAACCUAAGAAACCAUCAACCCUAACAGCUGAUGUGACAAAACUGAUAAAAGAACAGUUCCCAGGGAAGUGUGGGAUUGUGUAUUGUCUUUCAAGAAAGGAAUGUGACACUGUAGCUGCUGAGCUGAGUAAAUCUGGCAUUCAGGCUGUGUCCUACCACGCAGGUCUCAGUGACAAUGACAGAAUCUCCAUCCAGGAAAAGUGGCUCAAUGGACAGCGAUGUAAGGUUAUAUGUGCCACCAUUGCCUUUGGAAUGGGGAUUGACAAACCAGAUGUCAGAUUUGUUAUUCAUUACUCUUUGCCGAAGUCAGUGGAGGGUUUUUAUCAGGAGGCAGGGCGAGCAGGGAGGGAUGGACUGAUAGCCCACUGUAUUAUGUACUACACGUACCAGGACGUCAAAAGGCUACGGAGGAUUAUAGAGAUGGAUCAGGCAGCCACAUUUGAUUCCAAAAAAGUGCAUAUAGACAACCUCUUCAGAAUGGUCCAGUACUGCGAGAACGUGGCCGACUGUCGACGAUCACAGCUGCUCAAUUAUUUCGGAGAGCGAGACUUUAAUCGAGAGGAGUGUGGGAAUUUCCGGGGAGCAAUUUGUGACAACUGUGUGUCUAAGGAGUCGUUCCAACUUCGUGAUGUAACAGAUGAUGUAAAGGAGAUAGUGAAAUGUGUGAAGGAUCUGACCGUCAAUGGAAGAAGGGGAAACGACUAUACUCUUAUCUAUUUCGUAGAUAUCUUUAGAGGAGCUAAAACUGGUAAAAUUUCUGAUGCUGGACAUGAUCGGAUACCCCUUCAUGGUCGUGGUAAAAAUUACAGCAGGGCUGAUGCAGAAAGACUGCUAAGAAAAUUGGUUAUUGAUGCCAUUUUACACGAGGACCUAAAAAUAACUGCGGCAGACACCACAGCUUGUUACAUCAGGCUUGGACCUAAAGCCAAUGAUGUGAUGAUGGGGAAACGCAAGGUAGAGUUACAGGUACAAGGAAGUAGGAAGAGAACUGAAGUAGCAAAGAUUGGUAAAGAGCCCAUCAGUAAACGCGAGAACGUGAUCGAAGAAUGUCUCAAUGAACUCCUAGAAAUGGCAAAGACUAUUGCUACUGAGCAUAGGCUACGUAACUAUGCAACUGUAUUCCCGAUUUUAACACUGAGACAGUUGGCAGAAAAGACGCCUCUUACUGUAGAUGAGAUGACAGCAAGUAUCGAUGGUUUGCCGAAAGCCAAAGUUAACAAAUACGGAGCUGAGAGAUUCCUUGAAAUCACCAAGAAUUAUCAUCUUAUCCUCUCAAAUUUACAACAAGAGGAGGAGGAGGUGGAAUCUGAUGUACCAGAGUGGGAGUCUCCGUACUUUGUAGACGAGUCAACAGGUUCAUCUAAUACAGGCAGAAGAAGAGGAUCCUUUAAAAAGAGAGGUUUUGGAAGAAAGAAGAGAGGUGCUAGAAGCCAGUCGGGUGCUGGAAAUUCUGCUGGGGGAUUAUCUGAAAAAGGAAGCAAGUUUUCAGCAUAUAAGUUCACCAGAGGGUCAUCCAAGAAGGUCCCGAGUGCUGGGAAAAACCAUAGGGGUGGAUCCAGAGGAGGAUCUAACAGUUCCAGAGGUGGAUCUAACAGUUCCAGAGGUGGAGGUGGCUUAGGAUUUAUGCCAGUCCCACAACCUAAGAGAUCAUUUCUGGGUGGUGGUGCUGGAACUUACUUUUAAAAGUGAAUAAAAUGGACAUUUAUUUAUUACAAGUUAUGGAUUAAAUUGUUUAAGAUGAGAUUGUAAUAAAGA